AUGGAUCUUUCAACGGCUUAUCGUUACAAUCAAAACAUGAUGGAAUAUUACACAUGUCACGGUGGCGUCAAUCAACUGGGAGGUGUCUUUGUGAAUGGUCGUCCCCUACCCGAUGUUGUACGACAGAGAAUCGUGGAGUUAGCCCACAAUGGUGUCCGUCCCUGCGACAUAUCACGCCAAUUGAGGGUAAGCCAUGGCUGCGUUUCUAAGAUUUUGUCGAGAUAUUACGAGACUGGUAGUUUUAAAGCCGGAGUCAUCGGAGGCUCCAAGCCCAAGGUUGCCACCCCACCAGUAGUCGAUGCAAUUGCUAAUUAUAAACGAGAGAAUCCCACAAUGUUCGCUUGGGAAAUUCGGGAUCGAUUACUGGCCGAAGGUAUAUGUUCGCAAGAUAAUGUUCCCAGCGUAUCAUCCAUUAACCGGAUCGUUCGGAACAAGGCCGCGGAGAAGGCCAAGCACGUCCACCAUCAUCAGCAGCACCAAAUGCCACAAGGCCUGGCCAGUGGACACAAUGCCAGUGAAAGUCUCGACAGCAGCACGGGAGCGGCAAGUGAGCAGCAAAUUCAGAUUCAGCCGAGCACCGCAACCGGCACCAGCAAUUCCAGCAAUAAUAACAAUAACAACAACAGCAGCAACCCAUCGGCAUCAGUUAUUAGCCAUACGCCAUCUGCAACGGUAUCGGGAACAGGAUCAGGAUCUGGAUCAGGAUCGAGUGCUGCCAGGCAAGAAAUUGGAAGCACCAACAACAGUGUCAGUGCUACAAGUCAACAGGCUGCUGAACAGCGUUCAUCUGGUUCGGGUUCUGGUUCCGGUUCCGGUUCCGGCUAUAGUAUAAAUGGCAUAUUGGGUCUACAGCACGGACAUCAUCUGCACAACCCUAACACCAACACCAAUACAAACAACAACAACAACAACAGCAAUAGCACUAACAACAACAACAACAAUAUAUCGGAUCCAAACUGCAAACGCAAAAGAAUCGAAGUACAUGAUGAGAAUCGUGAUGUUAAUAUGCAUUCCGAAGACGAUGUCAAGCGACAGCGAUUGGCCUACGGCGGAGAUCAGAUAUAUUCUAACAUUUGGUCUGGUAAAUGGUGUAUCAAGGAUGAGCACAAGUUGCUCUCAGAACUGGGAAAUUUGACAACCGGCACUGGAAACGGAGCUCCAACCUAUUAUGAGGCACCAAAUGGAUUUCCAUCGAGCUCAAUCUCAUGUGCGACUGUGGGAAGUACUGUUGGGAAUGAUUCAUCUAUGUUGUAUGAUAGCAUUGCAACGAUAUCACAGGGACAGAGCACAUUAUAUACUCCGCCGAUAGGACCCCCAAUUGCUUGUGGCUCCGUAGUGCCAAGUUCUGAUUACGCAUAUAGUCCUGCCUAUACCCAGUAUGGCGGUGCUUACGGAUCGUACAGUUAUAACACCAGUAGCGGUCUAAUCAACUCGUCGUACUAUUAUGAAUGUGGUCAAAAUCAAGCACCCCUCAACCAGGAUUUACGAUCACCCCUCGCCGCAACCAGGGCCAAUUCUUUAGCCUCUGCAGCUUCGCCAACUGGAAGUGCGUGCACCAAGUCGGAAACAUCAGAUAUAUUUCUCGUUUAGUGCCUGGAUCAAUCUUAAAUAUAUAUGCAUAUAUGAAACCCAAUUCUGUACAAGGCGGAACAUUCAGGGAAAGAGAGAAUCUUUCAAAGUUACUAUAUGUAUUUAUGCGAACAUAUAUCACCGGUUUGGUUCGGAUUUCACAUUUGUUUUUACCCUCCGAACCUGAACUUAAACCGAGCCGCUUUCUUAAAAAAAGGAGGUUUGAGAAUGAAAUACAAGCAAAAUUUGGAGUAUGACGAUGAUAGUUUAAAUGGCGAUGAACUGAACUCACGAGAACAAUUCUCAUACAAUUAGUUAAUUUGCAUUUACAAAUCGAUUCACAAAUAUACACGUACGAGAAUGUAUAUUCGAGUA